CAGAGCAUCUCACAGGUACAUUGGAUCCUAUACAAGACUUCCCGGCGACACAGAGACCCGGUCCGGGUGGGAAAGCCUGGGGACCACAGACCCGCCGAGCUGCGCCGGGAUUACGGUCGCGCCGCGGUCAUGAGGGCUCCGCUCCUCCUGCUCGUCCCGCUCGUCGUCCUGCUCGGCUGCUGCGGCGCUCAGAACGACACGGAGCCCGUGCUGCUGGAGGGCAAGUGCCUGGUGGUCUGCGACUCGAGCCCCUCCGCCGAAAGCGGCGUCUCCGCCUCCCUGGGCAUCUCGGUCCGCUCGGCCGGCGGCAGCGUGGCCUUUUCAGCGGUCCGGGGGACGAACCACGAACCGUCCGAGAUGAGCAACAAGUCCAUGACCAUCUACUUUGACCAGGUUCUGGUCAACGUUGGCAACCACUUUGACUCGAAAAGGAGUGUUUUUAAAGCACCAAGAAGAGGGAUUUACAGUUUCUGCUUUCAUGUGGUGAAGGUCUACAACAGGCAGACUAUCCAGGUGAACCUGAUGCAGAACGAAUACCCAGUGAUAUCUGCCUUCGCUGGGGACCAGGACGUCACGCGGGAGGCAGCCAGCAAUGGAGUCCUUCUUCACCUGGAGAGGGAAGACAGAGUGUACCUGAAGCUGGAGAGAGGCACCCUGAUGGGCGGUUGGAAGUACUCCACCUUCUCCGGCUUUCUGGUGUUUCCUCUGUAAUCCAGCUGCCUUUGCCUUCAGGUUCCAGUACAUUUCAUUUUUCCGGGUAUGAUUUUAUUACUGGAGGUUUGUAGGAGUUUCUGUUUGUGAACUGAUCCAGUUAUGCAUUCAUUUACAAGGAGAAAAACACCCCAAACACAGAAGAACGUCACUUCACCUAAUUUUCUAUCUGUAGACGUGGAGAAGAUGUGCUGAUGCAGGUCUUCCUGCAGUCUUUUUUUACCUACUCAAGACUGGUGGGAUGAAAAAUGCUGAGUGUGUUUCUGUCUUGUCUUUACAAUUUUGUGUAAUGGAGAUUUAUUACUUUAUAGAUAAUCU